GCUUGACUCAUUUGUACCAACACCCCGAGCGCCGCAGCGGUCGCCAUCCCCCCGUCAGCAUGGCGGAUGAUGACGUUCGCUGCAUGGCGCAGCUGAGUGACCUGCCGAGGUAUUUGCCUCCUGAAAUUGCUCAGCAAGAAACAGAAGAAGCGGAAGCACGAGAGCCAUUGAUUCUCAAGCUUUUGAGCAGUGAUCCGGCUCCGCCCCCUGCGUCGGAGCUGGCCUUCGGCUUGAGAUGCCUCAAGAACAUGGAGGAGCAGAAGACACCCACAGGCUUGGACUUCAAGAUCUCUGUGUGCUCAUCUCUUUGGACCUUGUUCCUGGCCAGUGUGGACUCCAAAGCGCCGCUCUAUGGCUAUGCCAAUCGCACCAAGAUCCUGGACAACCUUCGGUCCUGGUUGUGUCUCUUAGACGUGGAUCAUCACCGGCCGUUCUGGCGGGAAGCCAUCAGUCAAGAGGAGAGGGAUGGGGCUGAGCCCAUCGCUCAGCUCUUUGCCCAGUUGGACGUUCGUGUGGUGCUGCGUUUGUUGAUUGAAGAAGUGAGGAGGAGUCCUAGAAUGGACUGCUCCAUUAACAAGUCCAAGAGACGGAACUACGUGCAUCAUUUGGCCAAUCUUUGUGUUGCGUUCAGCCACUUGAAUGGUUCCAUCUCCGUGUCGCAGGGUGCGGAGUUGAUGGAGCAGUUAGCAGCUCAGGUGGAUGGAGUGCACGUUUAUUCGCUCUUCUAUGCCAAGAUGUUGGCCCUGCUCACGCCGCGGAAGUUGAUUCCCCAGCUGCUCUUGGACGGUCGCUUGUGGUUGUGGUGGUCACGAAUUUCUGAAGGAUUGCUUCCCAAAUUUGAUUUGAUGUGGUUCAUGCCCCUGGCGCGCUUGGCGGAGCUGAGAUGGGCCAAUAAAGUGGAGGAGGCGCUGGCUGAAACCAAGAUGUCAGGGAAGGCGGAGGAGUGUUGGAAAAAUGUGGAGGAACAGCUCCCCUGGCUGAUGAAUAAAAUCUGUCGCACUCUCUGCUUGCCCUUCGGCUCACCCGCCGCAAAGGCCUUGGAUGGAAAGGAGCAGUCCUUCCCCGAUGUUGACCGCUAUCUAAUUCCGGAGGAGAUUGACACGGUUCUGAUGGGAAGCCAGUCUGCUUGGAAAGAUGUGGCUUUCUUUCUGAUCUAUACCUUGGAGCCUGAACCUCCGAGCGCCAAGGAUGGUGCCCCGUCCAUGUGGAAUUUCUUGACCUUGCUGCAGCGACGAAUGAGGCCCUUCCUCACACCUGCGACCUGUCAGGGUGAGUGGCUCUGGCACUGUGUCACUUUGCUUCACAAUCUGAUUUCUUUGUACUUCAGACGAAUCUGCAAGGAGAGGAUGUUGCCUUGCACCACUUUGCCACACAUGCUCCUGUCUGAGAAUGCAGAUCGCGCCUUCGUUGAACUCAUCAUGCCCUUGGUGCGCGACCUGAUGAUGGUCCGUGGCCCCUACGAAAUGGCCACCUCCAUGGAAAACAUCGCACGGCUCACGCAGAUCUCGGCUAUGCAUGCCACCAGCCCACCAGUGGGGUCAGAAGUGGACCCCUUCAAGACAGACUUCCAGUCCAUGGUGAUGCAAUCCACUGACCUGCUGAAUGAUCCCACCCAAUCAGCUAGGCAUGUGUCCUUGCUGAGGGUUUUCUCUUCAGUGGUGCCCGCCUUGAGCCUUCAGAUGCCCUCAGUAAUCGGUGAGUUGUUGCCCUUGGUCCUGCAGGGGAUUGAUGCAACGGAUACGCCCAAGACCAUGAGUUCCCUGAGGUUGCUCCUCUGUUUGCUGAUCAACUUGCCCUGCUUGGAUUCCAAUGAUUGGCAACUGGGAGACCAUCCGUCGCAGGAAAGCAGACUACGGUGGCCACUGCCAAAGGAGUGCAAGCUGAAAGUUGGAGAUCCGGAUUGCAGUGCCACAGGCCUCGUGUCGUCCAUGCUGCCCCCCUUUGCCAUUGAGCUGGUGGAGCGCGCCUGCGACUACGUCACACGCAUCCCCAAGCCACGGGCGGUGAAGAGUGGGAAGAUCUCCUUGGAGUUGGCAACCAUGGGCCUGCUGCAUGGAGCUUUGUGCAUCGCAGGGUCCCAAACAGACAAGGACACAUACAAGCAGAUGCUGGAUGUCCUUUGCCAAUUUCUGGGAUCGCACUUCCUUCCAGAUCAAGUGAAACCUGCUGGGCUCCUGGUCUUUGCUGUUGUGCGUGCCUGCCCCGAGAUGGCAAUCCCAGUGGUGAUGCCCCUGAUUUGCAAGAAGUUGCUGGUGCACCAGCCCAAAUCGACUGUGUUGCCACUACACGAAGCUGGGGUCUCAGAAAGUGAAGCUAAAUGGUGGCUAUCCCUCCUGUGCUCGGCCGUCCGUUGCGGUGGUGCCAGCCUAUUGCCCCACCGUCAUGAAUUGGAGAUGAUUAUGCGCGCGACCUUCCUGGAUGAGCGCGAAGCAGUGAAUAAGCUGGGUAUGAAGCUGUUACGGCGAAUUCUCUACGCGCUGACAGCUGUCUAUGUGUGCAACGACUACCGUCUUUGCAACGAUGGCGUGUGGCAGACCCUGAUGGCCUGCCGUUUGGGCAGCACCGUCCCGCCACCGGCGGGUUUGACGACCCUGGUGUGGUCUGGCGCGCAGCCUCCCUGGUGGUUCACCGAUGCCGAGUCGACCGUGAAGUGGCACAUGCCCUCCGAAGAAGAGGUCGCAUGGGCCAGAGAUCUGGUCUUUGGCGUUCUCCUUCAAGUGGGGGAGAUGUUGACCGCCACCAUGGGAAUUGCCCUUCCAGCUCUCAACAUGGCCACCAGCUCAUGGCUGGCAGGUCUUUCUACGAAUCUUCCAAGCAAGAAGAAGUUGGCUCACAGUGCAGUUCUGGGGAUCCGCUUGGCCAUGCAGAUUCUGAGAGGCACCUGUGAUUUGUGGCCGGACGAGCGCAGCAACGAGGAGCUGAAACUGCGACAGCUUCCAAGCAACUUGAAGAUUGCAGGCGACACAGCCAAGGUCAUUUUCGACUGGCUUUCCACGGUGCUUCUGUCCGCCUUCAAAACACUGGCAGCUCAGGAACAGUAUGGUUCGGUUGCGCCCACCAGUGGCAAACUGGAUCCUAUUGAUGUGUCCCGUGUGAUGAGGAAGCUGCUGAAAUGCGUCGCAGAGCUGAUCGGGGCUUUCAGCGACACGCACCCCAGUAGCUUGAGGCUCUUUCCCAGCUUGAGGCAUGUUGAGAAGCACGCUGCUGGUUUGGCAUUGCAAUCCACGUCUUUGGAGAUGCUUCACACGCACUCGCGCUGGCGGGAUCUGCCCCGUGUUUGGUGGGUGGAGCGGGUGGCGGACACCAUGGAGAACAGGUUGCACCAGCGGCGCGGAGGGCAUCGCUACCAGGGAAGACGCCGCGAGCUCAUUGAAGAGCUCACGAAGCAGAUUUUCAGCAGCGGCUUCUCUGCGGUGCGCUCGCGCGCCAUGGAGACGGUGGCCAUGGCCGUUCAGUACCAUCAAGGCUGUCGCUGGCCGUUGAUCCGCGAUGUGCUGCUGCCAGCCCUCUCGAAAGAGACCAACGCAGUGCUGCGGUGCGGAACACUCACAGGUGAUGCUGCGGACAAAGAGCAGCAGCGCUUGAAUGAUGCACUGUCUGGGCUGGCUGCAUCACUGGCUGGAGGCAUUCAAGGCUUGGUCUGGGGAGUUUGGCGCCGCGGCUUGGACGAUGCUUCCAAGUUGGGCUACGACCUCCUUGAGGCCGUUUAUGCAGCCACGCGGGUGGGGCAAAGCCAGGCGGGCGACACCAAGCGCUGCGAAGUCAAGCCCACCACCGUGGCCAAACUCAUCGGUGCCCUGAGGCACUGGUUGGAUUGCCGGGAGGUCCAAUGCUGGGCUCCCACGCGGCCGCGAACCUCGACCGUGCCAUCCCUCCAGGACGAGUUUCACUCGGAGAAUGAUGGAGAUGUGGUGGGCACCACGCCGAAGGGAAUCGACGCGCUUCGUACCGUGUCCAAGGCGAUGGACCUGUGCGAGCGGGCGGAUUGUCACUGGCGGGCGCAGGUCAUGGCCACCACGGUGAGUUUGGCCCUGUUGAACUCCCUAGGGCCCAGUGGUUGUCCUCCAGAUUUGGCACCGCCCCUGGAAGCAGAGGUGCGAGAGAUUUGGAUGAAGUGGGGCAGAUGGUUGGUGAAGUGCAUCGAACCGAAGGGUCAACCCGGGCUUCACCUUCUGGCCGUGCAUGGCUUGCUGUUGAUCUUGAAGCAGUCGGCGAGUUCCACACACAUCCUCCAGAGCGUCCAUUUGGCAGAGCUGAAGAUGGCUCAGAAUUCCUUCUUCCAGAGCUUGUUGCAGGUCAUGCCGCCGAUUCACCAUGAGGACUUGAUGGCCACCGCAGACGACCAAAUGGGGCAGAAGAGCGAGCCAACGAGAGAUCCGGUGAAUGCCAUGACCAGCGGCGGCUUCUUUGACGUGUGGCCUCGGAUUUGGCUGAAGAAGUCCUCGAGAUCCUUCUCCAUUCGAAACGUUUUGUUCUGGCAGAGUUAUGUGAAAUUCCUGAAGGGCCAGGUGCCCCAGGACGCCCUGCUGGAGCUGGUGCGCUCGGGCGCUGAACACCUGGCCUCGCAGCCGGUGGCCGAGGCCGAGUUCCACGCGGCCUUCGCGGAGAUGGUGGCGGGGGCCUUGAGGGCGGUGAGGAAAGCGGAAGACAAGGAGCUGCGGGAUCGCUUGUGGACGGCGCUUCGGCCCUGGCUCCUCUCAGUGUUGCAGCAAAGCUCGGAGGAACGCCUGGGCGGCUGGUGCGAUGGCGUGCGCUUCAUGGUCACCGGCUGCAAGCGGCCAAAGCUGGCAGCGAUGUUCCCGAGCCAUGCAGUGGAGGAGGACAUGCAAUUCCUCAUCCCGCUGUUCAACUUCGUCCUUUGUGGAGAUGGUGAGUUAGAGUGCAACACCUUGAGCUGUACACUCCCACCGAUCAAGUUCGACUACAGCUCUGAAGCCUCAGACCAGGAAGGCUCAUCCUUUGACUCGUUCAAGCGGCUGCGGCUGCUGAUGUCCCUAUUGAUUGAGCCAUCAGCAAUCACGAUCAUGGCCAACAAUGAGGAGUUUUGCAAGAAGCUGGUGGAAACCUUGGAGCUAGGACUCGGUCAUCCAUACAAGCAACUUCGAGAAGAGGUUGCAAGAGGUCUCUACUUCAUCGUUGAGGCGGCAUCGCAUGCUUCGCAAACGCUCGAAACAUCCUCUGCAGCUGGGCUGGUAGGUGUGGCCACCUCACUGGAACGUUGGUUCGCUGAGGAGGCUCGCAGACUCAGUGGACUGUUGAGAGCAGACAACGCGGCACACACCAACACCACGGCAGAGGAUGGUGCCAGACCCAAGCAUGUGGUAGAGAGUUCAGGCUUGCUAUACUUGCUGCUGCAUUCAUCCUUGACCAGAAUGAGUCAACAUCAUCUUCGAUCGUCAGCUCAUGAUUGGAUGCAAUUCAUCGCAGCUGCAGCGGCGCAUGGGGACUUUGAGCUCCGGGCAAUUGCGCCCCACGCCAUGUCUUUGUGUUGCUGUGCGCAUCCAUUGACUCCAAGCCUCGAAGAACCCAAGCUCUGGAGCCAAUUGCCCAUGGUACGGGCAUUGCAACCACUGCUCCGUGAAGGUGCCAUCGAGAAGGAGCUCGAAAAAGCAUUCUCGGCCGGCCUGAAGCCGGCCAUUGUGGCCAAUUUCUUCCUUCUACUCACAGGUGGCGAAGAAUCCUCAAGGCUCUACCAAGAGCUGCGCGUAGCAGCUGAGAGGGCUUUGGGCUUCCCGAAGCCUGAAAUUCGAUCUGCGGCCAGGAGUUCAGUGGCCAGCUUCCUCACACUUGAAGCAGAAGCUGAGCUGGUGGUCAAGCUGAAGAACCUGAAAACCUUAGCAGGUCCAGCCAUGCGCAAACCCAAUGAUGUACCACCUGAGGCUGAAGCUGUGGCAUUUUGCCAAGCUGUGAGUGCAAUGGCCUGCAUGUUGCUGGCAGCAGCUGAUUGUGGAGUGCCAAGAUGGUCGGGGCAGGCGAUUCAAGCCGUAGCACCCUAUGGCAAGACAGGAAGGCCAGGCAUCCAAGAGCUGGCAAGAAAAGAGGUGCAAUCCGCCAUCCAAGCCUUUCUGAAGCUGCAGCAAUCUAGCCAGACUGCAUGGACGGAAUGUCAGCAAAAGUUGACUCCCACACAGCUGGACCUCUUGAAUGACAACAAGGGCAAACUGUCCUACUUCUCCUGAGCAUUUCUGGCAAGAUGACAAAAGGUGCCCGCUUCGAGUUUUCUAGCCUUCACUGGCUGAGCCUGUU